CCGACUCCUCGGGUUCCAUUGAAAGGUCUUGGUUCUUUUUUUUUUUUUUCCCUCCGAUCGCGUCCCAAAUCCUCGUUCUCGCGCUCUAGGGUUUUCGAAUCAAUCCUCUUUUAGGGUUUCCAGGAUCUUGAGAGGAGGAGAUGGCAGGAAAGGGUGGAAAAGGGCUGCUCGCCGGUAAGACGACGGCGGCGAACAAGGAUAAGGACAAGAAGAAGCCGCCUGUGUCUCGAUCCUCACGCGCGGGUCUUCAGUUUCCGGUGGGGAGGAUUCAUCGGCAACUGAAGUCGAGGGUGUCGGCGAACGGACGAGUGGGUGCGACGGCGGCGGUGUACUCAGCGGCGAUACUGGAGUACCUGACGGCGGAGGUUCUAGAGCUUGCUGGAAACGCGAGCAAGGAUCUGAAGGUUAAGCGUAUCACGCCCAGGCAUCUUCAGCUUGCUAUCCGUGGUGAUGAGGAGCUUGACACCCUUAUCAAGGGUACCAUUGCUGGUGGUGGCGUGAUACCGCACAUUCACAAGUCACUGAUCAACAAAUCCUCCAAAGAGUGAUGGCGAUCAUUAUGUGCGGGUAGUUGUGCCGCUUUUUAUGUCUCUUUAUCCUUAGUUAGUUUAAUUUGGAAUGCUUGGAUUUGUGAUGUUAUGAACUGAUGCUUAGUCUUCUAACUUUGACAGUUGCUAGUGUUUGUUCCCAUUGUUAAGAUUGGUGUUUUUAUGUUUUACUGCUUGAACUCAUGGUGUUAAGGAUGUUUAUUCUAAUUUGCACUGUUACUUUU